AUGGCGGCGCUGGGGGAGCACGCGUGUUGGGCCACGCGACCGUUGCUGCCGGUGGUGCAGGCUUGGGAACUCGACGCGCGGCGCUGGGUCUGGGCGCUGCGGCGCAGCCCCGUGAAAGUGGUGUUUCCAUUAGGUCAGGUCGUGGAACGGAAGCCCGGUCCCGGGAAGCAGCCUCGGAAGGCGGCGGCAGAGGCCGGUCCCCGCAAGCAGCGACUGAAGCAGUCGUGUCAGGUGCCCCCAUCCCAGACCCCCAGCACCUGGGAAGAGUCGGGGCUUCGCUAUGAUAAGGCUUUCCCUGGAGACAAAAGGCUGAGCAGUGUGAUGACAGUAGUUAAGUCCAGGCCAUUUUGGGAAAAGCAAGGGAAGGUCCUGUUGGAAGGUCAUAGGCUGAUUGCAGAUGCUCUCAAGGCUGGUGCUGUGCCCAAAGUUUUCUUCUUUAGCCGUCUGGAAUACAUAAAGGAGCUGCCCAUUGAGAAGCUGAAAGGUGUUAGCCUCAUUAAGGUGAAAUUUGAGGAUAUCAAGGAUUGGUCCGACCUAGUAACACCACAAGGAAUAAUGGGGAUUUUUGCCAGACCUGACCACGUUAAGAUGACAUACCCAGAGACUCAGCUUCACCACACACUGCCCAUAUUGUUGAUUUGUGACAAUCUCCGCGACCCUGGGAACCUGGGGACAAUUCUGCGAUCUGCUGCUGGCGUAGGCUGCAGCAAAGUGUUACUCACCAAAGGCUGUGUGGAUGCCUGGGAACCCAGAGUGCUGCGGGCAGGUAUGGGCGCACAUUUCCAAGUGCCCAUCAUCAACAGCCUGGACUGGGAAGCAGUGCCCAACUACCUGCCCACUGACACCUGCGUCUACGUGGCUGACAACUGUGGCCUUUACACGCAGGCCCAGGCCCAGGCCCAGGCCCAGAUGUCUAAUAAGGCCAGUGACUACGGCUGGGUAUGUGACCGACGACCCCUAACGUUUCACAAGUAUGAGGAGGAGGAAGAGAAUCUAGAAAGUGCAGCCAAUAAAGGCUGGCUCCCUGAACUUGAGGCCCAGAGUUACGACUCAGACUGGACAGAGGCACCUGCAGCUGUGGUGAUAGGUGGGGAGACCAGCGGCGUGAGCCUGGAGUCGCUGCAGUUGGCUGAGAGCACGGGGGGCGGGAGGCUGCUGAUCCCUAUCGUGCCCGGUGUGGACAGCCUGAACUCGGCCAUGGCUGCGAGCAUCCUGCUCUUUGAAGGGAAAAGACAACUGCAGGUGAGGGCGGAACACUUGAGCAGGGACGGGAGUUACCACUGA